AUACGCAAUGAAGGAAAAAUACCACGAGGUGGCUCUGCAAUCGUCCACCAAACAUUGAUUUUCUCAAGGCGUGCUUCGAGAGGCAGGCAAAAAGGUGAUUUUUUCUGUGAAAUUACAUAAAUUAUUGGAGUUUUAGCUUGUGCAAAGGUAUCUUAAACACCUACAAGGCAUCGAAAUGAAUAGAAAUUUCAAUUAUUCACCAGGACAGCAACGUAGGCAGUCUGCUGGAGGGUACAAUCAGUCAUUUGGGAAUCAACAAGGCGGAGGCAACAAGCCAUUCCUUUCGGGUGGUUUCUUGGACAACAAUAGCAAGUCCCAGCAGAAUCCACCGGCUAAUCAACAAGCUCCCGCUGGAAGACCCAAUUUACGAUCACAGAAGAAUAACUACGGAAACACCAACUACCAGGAAGUUCCCGUUGAGACGACUCCUGAGCCGAAAAUGGUGCCACCUCCUGUGCAAGACGUUGCACCGCCGGCGCAGGCCAAGAUGGAAUUGGCUGGGCAAGAGGAUGCUGUUAUGACGUCAGCUGAGAAUCAGGAAGAUAAGAAAAUGAAUGUUGAAGAUGAAGCUGGAGCAUCGGGAGAAUUGGGGGCGGCUAGGAGGCGUAUUUUGGGGCUGACGAAGAAGAAGAUCUCCAAUAAGGAGCGACGUAUUCGUCAGAAUCGCAGAUUGCGCAAAAUGCUGACGCCUAAGAAUGCCAUUACGGCUCUUCAUGAAUUGCAGGGUCCAUCGACAUUGGACUUUAUGAUUGCCGGGGUCAAUAAUGACUUCCGGGCUGAGGUGAAUGUGAACAGUGUGAAGUAUGUUGGACAGGGAAGAUCGAAGGUUUUGGCGAAGAAUAAUGCAGCUGAGAAGGCUUUGAGGGAUUUUGUCAUUGCCAAGAUGGCUGCCAAGGCGCGUAGGGUGAAGGAGGAGAAGUCAAUUGAGGCAGGAGAGGCUGAGAUGAAGGAAGGAACGGAACAGGAGGAGGUAGAUGAUGUGCCAAUGCUCAAUUUGGUGUCAUUUGCUCUCCAUAAACUCUUCACCGAAUGGGAAGCUGAAGGGUUCACUGUUCCGGACUUCCGGAAUGGUCAAGAGGCAGUUCAGCAGAUGGUUGUGGAUGGGGCAAAUGGGGCUGAACAGCCAGUUGCCAAGACCCUACCGGCUCCCAGGGAAGAAUUGCCACCGAAUGCAGCUGCUACGCAUCCCACCAUGUUGCUGUCUAUUAUGAGUCCGGGAACGCAAUUUGUUGAUGUGGGAUCCGAGGGAAAGCCGCCUAAUGUUGUGCACACGGUCAGUGUGUCCCUGAAUGGGAAGAACUACGUCGGGACAGGACGUACGAAGAAGCUUGCACGCAAGAAUGCAGCAAUGGAAGCCUGCAUGGAUCGCUAUGGCGUAAAAUUCAAUCCGGACAUCGUUGAGGCAUCGUAAAUGCAUUGAUCCACCUGACAAAUGGAUAUCCCACUUCUGAUUAGGUGUGAUUCCUUCAUAUUUAAUUUAGAAACUUAUCUACGUUUUUUUCUCAAUCCUUAUGGCGCUGGAGCGCCAUAUUCAAUCGAUUGAAAUUUUACCUCUUACUCUUUCAAACUGAAAUCAGAUACAGCUGUCUCUUUCUGUCAAAUGAAAUUUCAAAUUGAAAUUGAAAUUUCCAUUUUCAUUUGACAGAAAGAGACAACUAUAUCUGAAUUCAGUUUGAAAGAGUAAGAGCUUAUAAAAUUUGAAUCGAUUGAAUUUCAGUAACUUGAAAAGGUGUGCCAGCGGCAUUAGAUUUUAUUAAUUCACCAAUUAAUUUGAGUCACAAUUUUAGAAAAAAAAACCUAAAAUAUACAAUUGACUCAAUUGGCAAUUUAUAAUUGUAUUAAUUUAGAGAUAAAAAAAUUGUAAGCAGUAUAUGAAUGCUUAAAAUUAUUUUAUUACCUUUUCUUCAUGCUUUUAAUAAAAACUAUAAAUAAAAAUGAAGUAAAGCGUGUUUACAAGAUUAUUAUUUAGUGUGUUCAAGGUAUUUUCUUGAAUAUUUUGAAAAACUAAGAGAACAAAAUUAUAUUAAUUUCAAAAUGAAUCUUGAAGAAAAAAUAUCCCCAAAUUCAACGUAUUAAUGUAGUAAUUAAUAAAAAGAUUAAAUAAAUUUAAUCUCAAGGAAAAA